AUGAGCGAGAGCGACACCCUUACAAGGAAGAUGAGGAAAGAAGAGGAAGACGAUGAGGAUGAAGAGGGAAUAGAGGAAGAAGAUGCCCCCACCAGACCCCCCCACCAUGCCCCACCAGGCCCCACUAUGCCCACCAGCCCCCACCACCAUGCCCCCACCACCAUGCCCCACAGGCCCACCAGGCCCGCACAUCCCCAUGGCCCCACCAUGCCCCACCUACAUGCCCCCACCAGGCCCCCCAGCCCACACUGCCCCCACCACCAUGCCCCCACCAUGCCCCACACCAUGCCCCACCAUGCCCCCACCACCAUGCCCCACACCAUGCCCCCACCAGGCCCCACCAUGCCCCCACCAUGCCCCCACCACCCCCACCAUGCCCCCACCACCAUGCCCCCACCACCAUGGCCCACCAUGCCCCACACCAUGCCCCCACCACCAUGCCCCCACCAGCCCCACACCAAGCCCCCACCACCAUGCCCCCACCAUGCCCCCACCACGGCCCCAACCAGCCACCCCCACCAGGCCCCCCACUAUGCCCCCACCAGACCCCACCAUGCCCCCACCCAGACCCCCACCCAGACCCCACAUGCUCCACGCCAACUCACCAUGCCCCACACCAUGCCCCACCAGCCCCCACUACCAGUGCCCCCACCAGACCCCCACCAUGCCCCCACCAGGACCCCCACCAUGCCCCCACCAGACCCCAACCAGACCCCCACCAUGCCCCCCACUACCAUGCCCCCACUACAUGCCCCCAACAUGCCCCCACCAUGCUCCCCACUAUGCCCCACCAGACCCCCCCAUGCCCCCACCACCAUGCCCCACACCAUGCCCCAUCAGAGUAGGUGA